AUGUCGCAAGUCAAAAACCAAGACAAUGAUAGUCCUCAUCGUCAGCAACAAGAAGAAGAACCACAACAGCACGACCAGUUAGAAACCAACGUCGACCCAAAGGAACACCCGAAGCUAGUUUCCGAAGAGAAAUUUCUCCUCAAAAUUCGUUUCUCUCACUCUGGAGAAACACAUUCAGUCCUACUCGUGAGAGGAUCUUCCACCACACUUCAACAACUGAUUCGCCUCAUUAUCGAUCAAUGCAUUAUGAAACAUGAAAGCCUUCGGAAUGAAUACUCUCGGAAGCCAUGCAUUAGGCUUAUUCAUAAUGGACGUUUAUUGACUGGAGCAACACAUUCAAAUGCUCUUCCUCAUCAUCAUGUCAAUUUCGAGUUAUUGCCCAUCUCUGUGUUUCAUAUUGAAAAUCAUUCGUUUAUUCAUUGUACAUUCUCCGAAAAGCAGAACCAUUCAUCAUCAUCUGCAACGAAUAAUAUUUCUCUUCAAACACCUGUAGGAGCCUUCUAUCAAGGCUUUGAUGUCUUAUUGAAUGCAGGAUUAGUACGAGAAGAAGUAAAUGAAGUGAGAAGACAAUUCUAUGCCUCACGUAGUCACCUGAUCGACAUGCAUCGGAGAGGACAACUCUCUCAGAAUGACCUGUAUCACAUUGAGCAGGAAUGGAUGAAUGAAUCAACAACAACAACAACACCUUCAUCGUCAUUUCCAAACACCACCACCACCACCACAACAGGAAUGAGUUCAACAACAACACGAUCACUCACUCCUCAACAACAAGAACAACAACAACAAUUACAGGAACAGCAACGCAAUGAUCGUGUCGGAAAUGUCUAUACGUUCUUUUUGGGAGUGUUGCUUGGCUUUUUCUUUGGAAUUAUCACUGUUGUGGCAUUGUUGGAACGAAAGGCAUUGUCAAAGAGACUUGUUCUUGGAAUUCAGGUUGGUGUUGCCACGAAUAUUGCUGUUUCAGUAUUCAGAUAUUAUUAUCCAAGUUUGUUGCCAUACUUGCUGUGA